AUUUGAGAAUAUAUCGAAAAAAUGGCAAAGAAGAGCAAGAAAAAAAUAAUUCCAAAGUUAGAAGAAUAGAAGUUUGGAAACUGCUUGGAGACCAAUUUAUGGACUUAUUUAUUAUGGUGAAGGCUAGAACUACAAAUCAAAUUCCAAACAAUAUCAGUAUAGACAGGAGAAUUGAUACUACUAUACAAAAACUGCUAGAGUUAUCUGAAUUGUUAGAACAAUUAAAGGAUGCUUCUUAUGAGUACCAUGAAAAUUUAGAUGAGAGAUUGUUAUAUCCAGAAGAUAAGAAGUACUUUUGUGAAACUUUUGAUAUAACUGGUGUUUGCCUGGUGUUUGUAAACUAUUCUGGGAUGGUUGUUAUGAUGUUGGAUUCUCAGAAUAUAUGUGCUAUUGUAGAGAGCACUGGCAAACUGAUACCCAUAAAGGAACUUGAAGCUCAUAUAGAGAAACAAGAUUUAGCUAAGCCAAUAAAA